CAGGGGCGCGUUCGCCGCCCGCCGGGACCCCGAGAGCCCGGCUCCGCGGAAGCCCCGCCCCCGAGCCCGCUCCCACUCCUGAUUGGCCCGCGCGGCCCCGGCGCCGGCGGAGCCGGGCCUGAGUCUCAGCUAUAAAGGCCGCGCAGGCAUGCCCGCCGCCACGAAGCUCCCCGCUCAGCCCCGGAGCGCCCCGUUCCUCCCGGCCCCCCGCGCCGCCAUGCCGCGGGGCUUCCUGGUGAAGCGAACCAAGCGGACCGGAGGCGCGUACCGGGCGCGCCUGGCCCAGCGGGGGCUCCCCGCGCCAGAGCCCCAGGGGGCGCCGCCCUGCGCCCAGGAGGCUUCCGGGGCUCCCGGGCCGGAUGCGGAGCCGGCGGCACCCUCCAGCCGGGAGCCCGGGAAGGGGCUGGAGGAGGCGGCGGCGGCCCGGGAACUGUCGGGUUCGCCUUGCCGGGCAUCUGGGGUGAGCCCGGGGGCGGGCGGGCGGGAAGGUACCGCGUGGAGGGCGGAUGGCAGGGCGAGCCCCCGGCCCAGCACCAGCCCUGCCAAGCCGGUGGGCGUGGAGCUGCGCCGGGCGUUCCUGGAGCGCUGCCUCCGCUCGCCCGCCUCCGCCGAGUCCUUCCCCGGGGGCGCCGCCGCCGUGGCCGCUUUCUCCUGCGCCCUGGCGCCGGCCGCCGCGCCGACCUCGGGGGAACCGUUCCAGCUGCCGCUCCGGGCGCCGUUCCCGGAGCCCGCGCUGCACCCGGACCCCGCGCCGCUCCCGGCCGCCCUGCACGGCCCGAAGCGUCCCGCCCCCGGCGAACGCGGCCGCGCCAAGGCGCCUCCGGGCUGCGCGCCCGGCCCCGCGGCCGCGGGAGCCAAGAAGCCCAAGGCCAUGAGGAAGUUGAGCUUCGCGGACGAAGUGACCACGUCGCCCGUCCUGGGCCUGAAGAUCAAGGAGGAGGAGCCCGGGGCCCCGGCCCGCGGCCCGGGGGGCAGCCGCACGCCGCUGGGGGAGUUCAUCUGCCAGCUGUGCAAGGAGCAGUACGCGGACCCCUUCGCGCUGGCCCAGCACCGCUGCUCCCGCAUCGUGCGCGUGGAGUACCGCUGCCCCGAGUGCGACAAGGUCUUCAGCUGCCCGGCCAACCUCGCCUCCCACCGCCGCUGGCACAAGCCGCGUCCCGCGGUGGCCGCCGCCGCCGCCGCCGCCGCCUCGAUGGACCGGAAGCUGCCUCCCCCGGCCUCCCCUGGCCCCGCGGUCGUGGCCGCUUUCCUGGCGGAGGGCAAGGAGAACAGCCGCGCGGAGCAGGCGGGGAAUCAGCACCUGCAGCCGAGGGACAGCUCCCGCGUGGAGCCGCGCCCGGACGGCGCCCCGCCGCAGGGCCUCCCGGCGCUGUCCGCCCUCGAGGCGCCGCUGCCUCGGGUCCCCUACGCCGAAGGGGUAUUGGGGCGUCGGCUGCCCGGGCCGGGCAGUGCCGCUGGUGUCGGGGGACCCGAGAUCUUCGUGUGCCCCUAUUGCCACAAAAAGUUCCGCCGCCAAGCCUACCUGCGCAAGCACCUGGGCACUCACGAGGCGGGUGCGGCCCGCGCGCUGGCCCCGGGCUUUGGCUCCGAACGCGGGGUCCCGCUGGCCUUCACCUGCCCGCUGUGCGGGGCGCACUUCCCGUCCGCGGACAUCAGGGACAAGCACCGGCUGUGGCACGCGGUCCGGGAGGAGUUGCUUCUGCCAGCUUUGGCCGGCGCUGCCCCGGAAGCCCCGAGCCCGGGAGGGCCGUCCGACGGGAGUGCCCAGCAGAUUUUCUCGUGCAAGCACUGCCCGUCCACGUUCUUCAGCUCCCCGGGGCUGACGCGGCACAUCAACAAGUGCCACCCCUCCGAGAGUCGGCAGGUGCUGCUGCUGCAGAUGCCGCUGCGGCCCGGCUGUUGAGGGCCUGUAGACCGGAGACUGGAGACCGGGUAGUUUGCGAGGUUGGCCCCCCGAGGAAAGAUCAUGGGAAUUUCUGUAGGGCUCUCUUCAACUUGCAAGUUUACCUCAUUUCCUUCCUCUAUGUUCUCUCCUAGAAGUCUCAGUAGUCAAUGUUCUGACAUAGGAGCGACAGCAAAAUGUAAAAUCCCUUUCCAGAGCAGGUUAUGGGUAUGGAUGGCAUAAACAUUCAAGGCCAACGAUUGACAGCUUUAAAUCCCUCUUUCCUCAUGAAAAAGGACCCCCCCCCCUCACCUUCCAAACUCUGAAGGUCCAAUGAAUCCCAUAUGACUUGUAAUUCCUAUGUUCAGUCGCAGUGAAUACGUGCAUGUCUCAAUGUCUACAGUCAUUUCCCCCGCCCUGUUAUCGCAGGCACCUAUUUAGGUUGUUUCAAUAGGGUCAGAUAUCUUGCACUGUAUAUUCUGUGAAUUAAAAGUUGUGACUGGUGCCAAACUGAUGGGGUGGGGGAGAUUUAAGACCUGUGUCUGUAGAUAGAAAAUAGGAUAUUUGUGCUUUGGGAGAUGCGGGGCUCUCCCUGUAAGCUUUCCUUUUCUCAGUGUUAGCCCACUUUUAAGUUAGUGUUUGGAGGUGGGGAGUGAGCUACUUUAAAGGAAGCAGCUGACAUAUCCCCAAGAUGCUCACCUUUAGCUAUUUUGUGUGUAGUAAGCAGGAAGAGAUACUUUAAACCUUAAAAAAAAAAAAAAAAGCUUUUUGGAAAUAUAGAACUCAUUUUCUGAAGUUUAACUGUUUUAGUAGGGUUUCAUCCAAAUUGUUUGAUGCUCCCGUUGUGAACCUUGCACUGUGUAUUAUAAAUUAAACUAUGUUCAGUUAAAGGAAGAUGUUAAUACCUAUAAUCCACAGUGGAGCUGAAUGGCAAAUCAUUCCGUAUCCAGUAUUUUCUUUUCAGCAAUCUGUCUUACAAUUUUUAUGUAAACCAUAUCUGGUGUACAUUCUGUACCCAUGUCCUAAGAGCAGAGUUUAGGACAUCAGCGGAGAACUGCUUGACAGACCGCCCGUUUGUAAGACGCUCACCACCAAAUAAAUGUACAUAGCCGGUGCUUUGUGUUUCGUGUUUGUCUUACGAAUUCCAUUAAACACAGCCUAUUUUUCAAAGCUACAUCUCCUCAAAGCCGGUAUCCUAUUUUAUAAUUUUAGUGACCCACUUAGAUUACAGCCAGGAGAAACUCUAUUUUGUAAAUGAAUGUAAUGGUGAGGAAAUGCAAUGGAAAAAUUUCUUUUAAAGUACUGCUGUGCAGAUAGAGCUCCAAAAGGCAAAGAAUAUGCACUAUUCUUUAAGGACACUUUACCUCCCCCAAAUAUCAACAGAAAAUAUAUUUAAAAUUUUAAAGAAAUCUAGUUAAGUGUUAUUUGAAAAUGAAAACAAUCAUGUUAAUUGUGCUAAUUAACUAUUUCAAGUUGGUAUUUUCAUUCCAUUCUGUUACAUAUCAUCAAACCAUUAGCUGUUCAUUAAAAAAAUUUGA